AUGUCCCAAUCUACGAGUCAUGUCCUCCACCACAUCCACAAAUACAUCUCACGCAGCGACUCAACAACAACAUCAUCAUCAGACCUCACCGUCCAGGCGAAACACGGACCCAUCAUCACUCUCCGAACGCUCUUCUCCCGCAACCCGAUCCCAAACAUACAGAGACAAUCAUUAUCAAUAGAUAUUUCCCCAUCGGACGAGGAAUCUCAACCCCCGCCGGCAUACACACACCCACACACAUCACUAGAGACAGGAUCAAAAGGAAAUGCAGAUAUCCCACCGCCACAACAAGCACAUAUACCCCCCUCGCUGCGCAAGGAACUUAAUCUGCAUGUUGAUACAUCGCAUUCACACACUACCACUGCUGCUAUCGCGACAACAAAGCCAAAACCUACACCGCUGAGAACAAUGUCCGAUACGGAGAUACUGAAAUCAUCAACAUCAACAUCCUCGAUGAUGAAAGAUAGAGAGGCGCGCUCGACGUUAAAGGUCCAGAUCCACCACCACCACCAUCACCUUCACCAUAAUCAUAAUCACCCGUAUUAUAGUCGGCUGAGGGUGGGGAGUCCGAGAUCGCCUAAAGGCAAUGGUAGUGGUGCUGGUGGUGGGAAUAAAUCAGAUAGGUUAUGUCCGCCGGACGAGUAUGCUGUGCCGCCGGAUAGUCCUGAUGUGAUUGUGUUGCCGUCGCCGAGGGAGUUGCAGAAGUUUAGGAUUAAUGUUUAUCGAUGA